AUGUGCCUGAUCGUGGAAGACCCCUUCAAUGUGGAACGAUUCUUAGCUAUUGUCGAUAUUUUCACUGCGUGCCUAACACAGACGAUCGGGAGAGACAGCACUUCAGACAGCAUUAUGCUGUAGUCGGCAAUCUUCCGUUUUGGUAUAGAGUGGGACAGGGAGGGGGUGAUGCUACUGUAGUCGAACGGUGGGACGGACGUGCAGUUAAGUUUUUGGGCACGCAUACGGUGCUGCAGGGAUUUUUAGGUGUACCUCUUCGGGCUCUUGGAUACCUUUUUCUCGUUAUUAUAUGUGUGCGUGUUCUUUAGAUCCU